UUCACCAAAAGCAAUGAAAAAAAUGAUUGUUUUUCGUGAAUUGGAAGUAUAAUUCACUCCAUAAACAGCAUAAAAACUGCAUCGCAGUUUCAGUUAGAUACCUAUGGCGUCUUCAAUUGCAUCUUCAAGUACAGCUACUAUAUAUUCAUUUCACAGAAAACCAAUCUCGCAAAACCUAAUUUUAUCCCCAUUCUCCAUAUCCUUCCCACUCCACAAAGCUCGAUUGCGCGCCGUGAAGACCAGGUCGGACGGCGGCGGCGCGGUUGGGAGCAGCCAGGAGCGCGGCGGCGACUUGUUGAGGAAGCCGGUGGCGCCGUCUCCUGCCUCCAACGACGAGGAGGGUUCGGCGGCGGAGUAUUCGGAUGAUGAUGGGAGUGAUAGGAAGCGCGAAGACGGUGACACGUGGGUGGAUUGGGAGGAUCAGAUUUUGGAGGACACUGUGCCUCUUGUUGGAUUUGUUAGAAUGAUUCUUCACUCUGGAAAGUAUGAAUGUGGCAAUAGGUUGAGUCCUGAACAUGAGAGAACUAUUCUAGAGAGGGUGCUUCCUUAUCAUCCAGCAUAUGAAGACAAGAUAGGAUCUGGAGUUGAUUACAUCACGAUUGGGUACCAUCCUACUUUUGAAAGCUCGAGAUGUUUAUUCAUCGUUCGCAAGGAUGGAGAUUUGGUCGAUUUCUCAUACUGGAAAUGCAUAAAGGGCUUGAUAAAGAAAAACUACCCUUUAUACGCAGACAGCUUUAUUCUCAGACAUUUUAGGAAGCGUAGGCGCAAUGACUGAAGGUAAAUUUUUUACUUAAUCAUGUCAUAGUACUGAGCUGAAUAGUUGGAUACUGUCAAUCUGAAUAUAGCUGAGUUGGAUUAUGAAUGUUUAAAUGGAAUUAGUAGGUUUGCCUUAUCAUUAGCAGUUUAUUAAUUGGCAAUAAAAGCCAGGCAUUUUUCUGUUGUAAUUUUAGUAUAUUGUUUCUAAUUUUGUAUUAUUUGAUUUUGUUUUAAAAUGACUGGCUACAUUUUGUUGAGUUC